CUCAUGUCAUUUCUGCUGGCGCUGCCUUUCGGGUCGGGUGGGUUUCUGCCUGUUUGUGCGUGAGGAGGAGGAUCCCCAGCGCGGCCUCUCCGGAUGAGCCUCAGCAGCCUGGCGAAGCUGGCGCUAUGGCUGCUCUGUACCAGAGCGGGGACCCGUCCGCCUCGGCCUCCCCUAACAAGCCUCUGGCGCUGAAGGACGUCAGGCAGGUGAAGGAGGAGACCACACUGGACGAGAAGCUCUUUCUCUUGGCAUGCGACAAAGGUGACUACUACAUGGUGAAGAAACUCUUGGAAGAGAAUAGCUCUGGUGAGAUGAACAUUAAUUGUGUGGAUGUGCUGGGGAGAAAUGCUGUUACGAUAACCAUUGAAAAUGAGAAUCUAGACAUACUACAACUGCUUCUGGAUUAUGGGUGCCAGUCCACAGAUGCACUCUUGGUGGCCAUUGACUCAGAAGUUGUUGGAGCUGUGGACAUACUACUCAAUCAUCGACCAAAACGUUCUUCUAGACCAACAAUUGUUAAAUUAAUGGAACGUAUUCAGAAUCCAGAAUAUUCAACAACCAUGGAUGUGGCCCCUGUCAUUUUAGCUGCUCACCGUAACAACUAUGAAAUCCUUACUAUGCUGUUAAAGCAGGAUGUAUCGCUACCCAAACCUCAUGCUGUGGGCUGUGAAUGCACGUUGUGUACAGCCAAGAACAAAAAAGAUAGCCUGAGACAUUCCAGAUUUCGUCUUGAUAUAUAUCGGUGUUUGGCCAGUCCUGCCUUAAUAAUGUUGACAGAGGAGGAUCCGAUUCUGAGAGCCUUUGAGCUUAGUGCAGACUUAAAAGAACUCAGCCUUGUAGAGGUUGAAUUCAGAAAUGAUUAUGAAGAACUAGCCCAGCAGUGUAAAACCUUUGCCAAAGACUUGCUCGCACAGGCACGGAAUUCACGGGAACUUGAAGUUAUAUUAAACCAUACAGCAAGUGAUGAGCAUGUGGAUAAACGAGGACUGUUAGAAGAACGAAUGAAUCUGAGUCGCCUAAAACUUGCCAUUAAGUAUAAUCAGAAGGAGUUUGUUUCUCAAUCCAAUUGCCAGCAAUUUCUCAACACUGUCUGGUUUGGACAGAUGGCUGGUUACCGCCGCAAACACACCUUUAAGAAGAUUUUUACGGUCUUGACAGUCGGAAUCUUUUGGCCAGUACUGUCUUUUUGUUACUUACUGGCCCCCAAAUCUCGAAUAGGGCGAAUAAUUCACACUCCUUUUAUGAAGUUUAUUAUACAUGGAGCUUCAUAUUUCACAUUUUUGCUAUUACUUAACUUGUACUCUGUAGUUUAUAAUGAAGAUAAAAAAAACACAAUGGGGCCAGCGUUGGAGAGAAUAGACUAUCUUCUAAUACUGUGGCUCAUUGGGAUGGUGUGGUCUGAUGUUAAAAGACUCUGGUAUCAAGGCUUAGAAGACUUCCUAGAUGAAUCACGGAAUCAACUGAGUUUUGUCAUGAAUUCUCUUUAUCUAGCGACUUUUGCUCUCAAAAUAGUUGCCCAUAACAAGUUCCAUGAUUUUGCUGAGAGGAAAGAUUGGGACGCCUUCCAUCCUACACUGGUGGCAGAAGGUCUGUUUGCUUUUGCGAAUGUUCUCAGUUACCUUCGACUUUUCUUCAUGUAUACAACAAGUUCUGUCCUGGGGCCACUUCAGAUUUCAAUGGGGCAGAUGUUGCAAGACUUCGGAAAAUUUCUUGGAAUGUUUCUCCUCGUAUUGUUCUCGUUCACUAUUGGACUGACCCAACUCUAUGACAAAGGAUUCACUGUAGAUGAAGAGAAGGACUGUGCUGGGAUCUUUUGCGAACAGCAAAGCAAUGACACAUUCCACUCGUUCAUCGGCACCUGUUUUGCCCUGUUCUGGUACAUAUUCUCCCUGGCACACGUAGCGAUAUUUGUUACUAGAUUUAGUUACGGCGAAGAGCUGCAGUCUUUUGUGGGUGCUGUUAUUGUCGGCACAUACAAUGUAGUCGUGGUGAUUGUGCUUACUAAGCUCUUGGUGGCGAUGCUUCAUAAAAGUUUUCAGCUGAUAGCGAAUCACGAGGACAAAGAAUGGAAGUUUGCUCGUGCAAAGCUUUGGCUUAGCUACUUUGAUGACAAAUGUACAUUACCUCCACCUUUCAAUAUUAUUCCCUCUCCCAAGACCAUCUGCUAUCUAUUUAACAGCCUCAGUAAAUGGAUCUGUUCUCAUACAUCGUCUGGCAGAGUCAAGCGGCAGAAUAGCUUAAAGGAGUGGAAAAAUCUGAAACAAAAGAGGGAUGAGAAUUACCAAAAAGUGAUGUGUUGCUUGGUUCAUCGGUACUUGACAUCCGUGAGACAAAGAAUGCAAAGUACAGAUCAGGCAACUGUAGAAAACCUCAAUGAACUCCGACAGGACUUAUCCAAAUUCCGAAAUGAAAUGAGAGACCUGCUUGGCUUUCGGACUUCUAAAUAUGCCAUAUUUUAUCAAAGAAAUUAAGAUUCAGGGUUUCAGAAGGCCAAAAUUUAGGCAUGCUCAUUUGAAUAUUUGUUCCGUCCCAAAUAACAUAAUUUCUCAUUAGUACAUUUUAAAAUAUCAUGGCAUGAGCUGGAGCCAAGUUCAGUUGUGAAAAAUAUUACUGUUUUUGUAUUUUUGAAGCUUUUUAUGACGUGUACAGUAUAUAAAACUUAAAUAGCUGAAGCCUAAUGAUUUCACCGGGAGUGGGACUGGCUUUAGUUUCAUGGUUUGUGUGUUGAAGUAAUUCUUUCUGAAGAUUUCAGGUUUGCUCUCCAAUUAAUGAUUUUGUUUUGUUAAUUAUAGAAGUGCCAAGCGUGGUGUAGAUCCUAGUUUCUGGUUCAUGCAGUCAGAGUACUUUCUAGCACAAAUUUUGCCACGUCUAGCUGGACUGAUUCUCUUCUGACCUAAUAACAACAACAGUGUGCUUGUAUACUGUUCUUUUAGACAGAUUAGUGCCCACUCAGAGUUGUGAACAUAAUCAGUGUUAUUAUUAUCCCCACAAUACAGCUGGGGAGCUGGAGCUGAGAGGAGUGGCUUACCCCAAGGCCACCUGCUGAGCUCAAGGCAGUAGAGGAAUUCGAACCAGCAGAGUGGUGAUUCACAGUCCAACCACUUAUUUAUUUUUAUUUUUUUUACUUUCAAUUUCUGUUCCACCUUCCCCGAACUGGCAGGUUCAGGGCGGAUUACACUCUGCAAAACAACACACUAAAAAACGUACAUUUUACAAUUUUAAAACAGUUAUUCUUAAAAUUUAACCACUAGGCUACAGCAGCUUUAAUCAAGGAUCCAAACCUUUAGGAAAAAAUCCCUUAACUGUUUUACUUGCCAUUAACCAUAGAGUUGCCCUGACAUGGAUCGGCCAGGUGAGCCUGAUCUCGUCAAAUCUCAGAAGCUAAGCAGGGUCAGCCUUGGUUAGUAAUUGGAUGGGAGACCUCCAAUUCAGACCAGGGUUGCAGAGGCAGGCAAUAGUCUCUUGCCAUGAAAACCUCACCAGUUAAAUAUAUGUCUUUAGUACUGCAGGGAUAAUAGAGGUUACUGGGCUCUCGUGAAAGAAAUUCAGAGAGUGAAUCCAAUGCAAAAGUGCUGAAUUAGGAUUCAUCAGGAGAUCCUACACUGUCUCAUCCAGGCUUGAACAAGCCUUACUAGCUCAGCAUGAUCCACGCUUUACUGGUUUGAAUUAGUUCUGCUUACCAUGUUUCAUACUGCAUCUUCCUUGAUGGGAUCUGAUCCUAUGUUAGUCCUACUUCUGUCAUCAACAGAGAAUUAGUCCUCACUCACUCAAAAUGGAUUGAUUUCUCUUUGAUUGGUUAUUCUUUCAGACUGGCCUCAAUUUGAAUCAUCUCCUGCCCUUUCGUUGCUUUGUGGCUUUAAGUGACCAUUCUCAUUUAGAGAUUGUCCAAGAGGAAAGGAGACUCGCAGCCCAAACCAGCACUUGUACACUUAGCCUAUCACUUGAACUAGGAAGGACUUCUAGGUUGCAGCUGCAAGUGUCACGCACAUACAAGGAAACUCCCAUUUUGCAUUUGGAGAAAUGGGUUUUCUGACAGAAGGAGGAGCUUUUUAGCUUAUCCUCAAAAUGGAAUUUGGAACGACCUGACCAAACUGAGAGUGGCAAUUAAAGCAAUGAAAAACAAAAGAAAACCCUCUGUAACCAAAAUUCAUGUUUUGUGAUACAAGUAAAAAUAUUCUAAAACAUUUAGUGAAUUAAAAGAGGGAAUGUAGUGGGUACAGAAUAACCAUACCUCUACACUUAAAGUGACCGUGUGAUCUUGGCCUGGGUCUUGGGUGACCUUGGGCUAGUCUCAGUCUAACCUACCCCACAGGGUCUUUGUGAGGAUAAAAUGUAGAGGAGAAUGAUGUGAACCACUUUGGGCCCCACUGGGGAGAAAGGUAGGGUAUAAAUAAAUAAAAAAGCUAAAAUCCUAUCUUAUUAUUUACGAGAUUUUUUUCAUUGUGAACUUAAUCGUCCAACCUUAGGCCUCUGGUGCAGGCAAGUUUCCUGAUUUUUUUUUAUUACGGUUUAGAGAUCGAGAGAACUUCAUAAGAUCAUGUGGUCCUUUCUGUAUCUUUACAGUAUUAAGUCUACUGAGCUCCAUGCUAUAUAGUUUGUAAAGCUAGAGUAUGAAACUAGCUUCAAAACCUGCUUUGAAAGCAGCUAUGGUGAGUAUUAAUCUUGGAGAAAUAUAAUCUUAUCCCGUGGGUAACAGUGAAAAUCGUGAGUGGGAGCAUGCGCAGUUACUAGUAUGCUUAAGUUCCAUUGAUUUCUUGGGGCAUAUAUAUGCUAGCAUUGAUUAUGUCUAAACUGAAUUAAGCCCAAAAGAUUGCCUAUGAAGCUGUAAUGGAUAACAGUAUGGUAAGGGUAUCCAACCUUUUUGAGCCUGGGGGCACAUUUUAAAUUCUGACAUAGUGUGCUGAGUACAGCUACAAAAUGGCUGCCGCAAAAUGGCCACUGCAAGAGGCAAAGCCAGCCACAAAAUGGCUGCCACAGCUUACCUUCAAGCACACAGUGAAGAUCCUUGUCUUGUGGAAGCAGCUUCUGCCAAAGCAAUGCUUUUAAAAAUCUGCACAGCCAGAGUCCCACCUGGCCCCACCCACUUUCUAAAAACUUGGUGAACACCAGGAAAUGUGUCAGCAGCACUAUGGUGCCCUUGGGCACCAGGUUGGGGACCCCUGAUUUGUGGUAAAGAUUGAAUGAUGUUUUAAGUCCAACAUUGCUCAUUUUGAGAAAACUUAACUGUAGCAGUGUUUUUGUUUUGUUGUUUGGAAAACUAAUAUAUUUUGUGUAUUAUACAGUUAUGUACAUUACUUCAUUGGGAUUAACAUAUACGUCCGUUUAAAUGAACUCUGACACAUUUUUUUAAAAAAAUGAGUGGUACUCUUAGCACUUGAAGGCAAAUCCGAGAUGUUUAAGAUAUGAAUUCUUGUGCCAUGUUAUCUUUUUGUCACUUGACACUUUACAGAACAGACAGUAACUAUUGAGGGAGGCAGGGUUUGUCUAAUGCUAAUUUAAAAGAUAAUGUAAUAAUUUAUUCAGGAACUUUUGUUACUUUUGCUACUUUUAUGUAUCGUGAAAUGUUCAGCCUUGGAGAGCUUUUCAUUGUAAUGUGUAAAAUAAGAGAUGUUAAGGUAUUUUGAUAAUUGUUCUUAUUUUAUUGUCUCCUUUCAUUCCUCACACUCUAGAAUGUAAGGUGUGCUCUCGUUUUUUAAAGUCUUAUACAAAUAAAUAGCAGGAUUUGCACUG